UUUUAGGGUAUAACUGCUCCAAUCGAACAAACUACAACUGUCAACUGAACCUCAACAAACACAAACAACAACAAAAAACAUGCUUCAAAACUUCAAACUCAUUUGUUGAAUUCUGCUUUAAUUUUCUUUGAUUUUCCUGUUUUUUGCAGCUUGGACUGUUCCAGUUUUAGCUAAUUUCUCAAAAAGAACUCCAAUUUGCAGAACCAUGUGUAAACCUAGAAGAAAUAGGAUCUACAAAGUCAGAAAUGUGCACCCUUUGAAUGACAAUGUGGAAUCCUCAGAUGAAGAUGACCGGUUACCUGCAGUUGAUGCUCAUAAUUCUUUGGUAGCUCUGAGGACCCUGAUGCUCACCCAAAGAAACAUAUUACUGGAAUUGAAACGUAUGAAUCUUGUAUUGCAAAUUAAACUGAACCGUAUAAAAGAGAUUAAAAUGAAAAUGGAGCUGUCUUUAUUAGUUUUGAAAAAUAAGCUACUGCUGCUUAAUUUAUAUAAGCUAAUGGGACAUGUUAUAGCAGUUGAAAAGUAACAAAAAUGUAUAUAAAUAAUUUGUGAUACAUUAAUCUCUUAUUUAAGUUGUUUGAUAGUUUUAUUUUUAGUUUUCAUUUUUGAACAUGUAAUUAAUAUUUCUUUAAAUAAAGACUGGGUAUUUUUCUAUA